UUUUGGUUUAGGGCUAUGAAUCCUUCACGAAUGACGAUCCCGACAGCAACCGCGCUGAAACGACCGUGCGCGCGGCCAUAUUUGUUUUUCGGCUUGUAAAAUUUCCUGGGCGGGAGUUUGGGCCGAAAUUUCCGAAAUCUCACCAUGGCUGAAGGAAAUGGUGAUGCCACUGUCAAGUCUGAGCCUAUUAACAUCAAGGAAGAGCCAACAAAUUCUGUUGAAAGAACUGAAGACUACCAGAAAUUGAUCCAACUUGGUCUAAAUGAGAAAGUUGCUGCCAAGCUUGAUGAGAUAUACAAAACAGAAAAGUUGGUCCAUGCCGACCUUGACGAACGAGCUCUUGAUGCAUUAAAAGAGUUCCCUGUGGAGGGAGCUCUGACCGUGCUGAAGCAGUUUGUGGACUCCAAUCUGGAGCAUGUGUCCAACAAAUCUGCCUAUCUGUGUGGAGUCAUGAAGACAUACCGGCAGAAGAGUAAGGCCCAAGGUCCGGCGUAUCCGUCCAACCUGGGUCCGGACGAGGAGAAGCUGAAGGCGAUCCUGGACCGGACCGGCUUCACGCUGGACGUCACCACGGGCCAGAGGAAGUACGGCGGCCCGCCGCCCAACUGGGAGGGCAAACAGCCCGGCGCCGGCUGCGAGGCUUUCUGUGGCAAAAUUCCCAAGGAGAUGUUCGAGGACGAGCUGAUUCCGCUGUUCGAGAAGUGUGGUGACAUCUGGGACCUCCGUCUGAUGAUGGACCCGAUGACCGGCCAGAAUCGUGGCUACGCCUUCAUCACGUUCACCAACGAGGAAGGCGCCAGGGAAGCUGUCAAACAGCUCGACAAUUAUGAGAUCAAAAAGGGCAAGACGCUCAAAGUCAAUAUCAGUGUUCCCAACCUGCGCCUGUUUGUCGGAAACAUUCCAAAAUCUAAAGGCAAAGAGGAGAUCAUGGAAGAGUUUGGCAAACAUACAGAGGGCCUGGUGGACGUGAUCAUCUACAGCUCGCCAGACGACAGGAAGAAGAACAGGGGCUUCUGCUUCCUCGAGUACGAGACCCACAAGGCCGCCUCGCUGGCCAAGCGGCGGCUCAGCAGUGGCCGCAUCAAGGUCUGGAGCUGCGACGUGAUCGUCGACUGGGCCGACCCGCAGGAGGAGCCCGACCGGGAGGUCAUGGCCAAGGUGAAGGUCCUGUACGCCCGCAAUCUAACGCAGGAGUGCACUGAGGAAGCUCUGAAGCAGGCGUUCGAGAUCUACGGCAAAAUCGAGCGGGUGAAGAAGAUCAAGGACUAUGCCUUCAUCCAUUUCGAAGAGCGGGAAAAUGCUCUGAAGGCCAUGGAGAACCUGAACCAGACGGAGCUGUGCGGGUCCACGAUUGACGUCUCCCUGGCGAAACCGCCGUCCGACAAGAAAAAGAAGGAGGAGAUGCUCCGCGCCCGCGAGAAGAGAAUGAUGGACAUGAUGGCCCAGCGCGGGUUCCCCAUGUUCCCGCCGAGCAUGGGGAUGGGUCACCACCGCGGCGGCUACAUGCGCGGUGGAAUGGGCGGUGGCCGCGGCGCCAUGGGCCGCGGCGACUAUGAUGUCGGUUAUGAUAGAGAUUACGAAGCGUAUGGAUACGGGGAAUAUCAAGGUGGCUACAGCGAUCCAUAUUACGACGAUUACUAUGACGAGCGUUCGUACGGUUAUCAGCCGAGCUACGUGUCUGCCAGAGCAAGGGGCAGACCUUCAAUGGCUGGCCGCUCGCGUGGGGGUAUGGGGGCGCGUGGUCGCGCCGCUGGCCCGCCACGUGGGACUCUCACGGCGAGGGGUAUGGCAACUGGUCGUGGAACGGCCACCACCACCAGGGUUAUGCGCAGCCGUGGGGCGGGCAGAGGGGCCGUCAGGGGACCAGGCUUACCAGGUAAGCGGAAAUUUGAAGGCGGUCACCAGAACCAGGGGGAUCAUAAGCGGCGCCAGACCAGUACCAACUGGGGUAGCAAUCCGAUCCCGCAGCAGCCGCUGCGCAGUUCGCGCGGCGCUGCCGGCGGCGGCGGCUAUGGCUAUGGCGGCGGGUACGGAUCCGCCAGCGAUUUCUACACGGACUCGUACGGCGCCCAGUGGUAGGCCGGCCGCGGAUCAGUGGUGAACGCACGCAGCGCCCAGCCAUGCCACGAGAUCUCAUAGAGACGGAGAUGGUGAUGGAGAGACGCGCUGGGGAACGCCGGCCGCUCGGAGCCGGUGCCGAGGCGCCGAUCGUUGAGAGGGCAUCGCACUGCCGUCGUCCUAACCCGGGUAUUGCGAGCACCGGCCGAUUUGAUACUGUUACAUUGUUCAACGCAAAUGAAAAUUCAAAUUCACUUUUCAAUGCGGUUAGUGGCAUUUUCGGGCGACAUUGUGUAACUGGUUGGUUUUGGUUUGGGGCAUCCUGCGCCCCCUCGUUCUGGUUCGAGUGGCCACGAAAGGACGACCGACCCUCCCUGUGUACCGGGCUCGUGUUACGACUGAGCUGUGAGCUGUGACGUGUUUUGCUGCGUAGUGAGUGAGAGAGCUCGGUAGUGGAGCUGGUGCCUGAAAGGCGCCGCAGCCGCCUCCCGCCAGAGACGCGGCUGCUUGUCUUUUGUACAGGAGUGUGUGCGCCGCGUGCUCAACGCUUCUACUUCUAACUCGAUCUACUUUUAAACGUCCUGCGGUCAUUACUGUUUUAGUUAGACCAUCGAGUCGGAGACUUGUUGUAUUUUACUAUCUUGCCCCCAUUGGUUUCUUUCGUUUCCGCCGACAAUAAAUAUCUUUCCGA